AGACAAGCCAGCUUCGCACAGUGAGUUGUCUGAACUCUACAACAGUCCAAUGUUUUGCUGAUUUGCUGUGGAGUAUUGUUAUAUCGGAGACUUCAGCGAAGUGACAUGGCUCAGUUUCUUCGUCAAAGGCAACUCUAUAGGAAGCGAGAUCGAAUUGCCGUGCCCUGCCGAUACCUGGAAGGGUUCCAGUGUCGUGAGCACGAUGAGAUAAUCACCAGCAACGGGCACAAUAUAUCGUUGAGCGACACCCCGCCACUUACUUGCAGGUUCAGCAAAUGGAUUCGGGAUGGAGCGUUCAUGGCAACGGCUGACGAAGCCGGUGUUCUGAGCCUGUAUGACAUUCGCCGGCCACUGUGCAAAGCGCUGGAAGGCUCAUGGGAAGCCCACAGCAAUGCUGUCUUUGAUCUGGCCUGGAUGCCGGUGGAUGGCGAGGCUAAACUGCUCACUGCAUCCGGUGAUCAGAAGAUUCAUCUUUGGGACUGUGCCAGGACCAACUCGCCACUGGCUACCUUUGCUGGACAUUCUGGCAGCGUGAAGUCGGUCAGCUUUUGCCAAGAAGAACCGAUGGUGUUUGCAUCCGGUGCACGUGAUGGCCACAUCAUGCUGUGGGAUCUGAGAGUAAAUCGGUCUGCUGGUGAUCAACCUUACCAGGUAAAGCCUUGCUCUCAGCUGUUCAACGCUCACAGCUCACUCGGCAUGGCAGCGUCCAGUACCAGUGCUCGGCCGUCUCUAAAGCGCUCUAACCGUAGCCAGGCGGAAACGGCUGGCAGGCAGAGUGUAACUGCAGUGCUGUUUCGCGAUGAUCGCUGUAUCGUGUCAGCUGGUGGUGGUGAUGGAAUGAUCAAGGUUUGGGAUAUUCGUAUGCCAAGAUCUAUCCAUCAGCUUGUACCCACUCCUACUGCUGCGUUUUCCUACUGUGGUGGGAGGCAAGGGAAACAUGGCUUCACUGGCCUGGUGAUGGAUCCCAUCAAGGCUACUGUGUUUGCAAGCUGUACUGAUGAUGUCGUGUACCGUUACGACAUUGCAGCAUGUUCUCCCAAGCCAGUCUCCACCAUCCAGUCGCAAGGCCUGGGCUCAUACUACGUCAAGAUGGAUCUCAGUGCGGAUGGACAAUUUCUUGUAACGGGGUCCAUGGAAAGCGACGCUCUGAUCUAUCAGGUGAACCAUCCGCAGGUUCCUCAUGCUGCACUUAGCGGGCAUGUGGGAGAAGUCAUGGCUGUUGCGUUCUGCCCCGGAAACCAGGAGCAGCUUGUCACGUGUAGCGAUGAUUGCUCGGUGCGACUGUGGCGUCAUAAGAACACCGCAGCUCUCUUGUCCCGCGACUUGUCUGAUGCCCGACUGAUCGGCAGAGCCACACUUGUUGCAGCUCCACCAGAGCCUGUAGUUGCACCGACUGCUUGCGAUGGCACAGUGGCAGCAGCAGCCGGCAGUGCCAGCAGAGAGCCUGGGCAAGUGACACCGUCGCGCGACAAGUGCAUGCGUACUGCGUCCAUGCUCAGCUUUGUGAAGGUGACUCCCAGUCGCACUGCUCUGUUCCAGGACGACAAGGAGAACAUUGCCGUGGACUCGUCCGCUGCCACCUCCGCCGCCGCCGCAGCACCUGCAAGAACAGGUGCUGAGGGUGCGCCUACGCACAGAGCAGCGGUCGUCGCUGGAGCAUCCGUGGGGCCACCGCCUGCCAAGCGCAUGUUCACACUUCCGCUGAGUCCCUCUCGGCAGACAGUGGUCACAUCCAGUGCGGGUACUGGUACCACUACCCAGCAACCAACAACACCCAAGACACCACUAUCUCCAGCGACACGAACAGCUGUCUCGCCGUCCACCAGAACUGCGCUAACCCCUGUUUUCUCUGCAUCGUCUCGCUCUAGAACGUCGCCAGGUGGCAGCAAUAGGGCAGGAAGGAGCUCAUCCAACAAGGCCCCUGGCACUCCGAAACUGACGUCGCUCCAGCAGUGGUUGAGUCCCCGACCCCAGCCACCAUCAUCUUCGUCUUCGCCAGCGGUUGCGACUGGUCUCACUUCGCCGUCCGGUCGUGUUACGCCGACACGAAGCUCUCAGCAGCAGCGCCUUUCACCGUCGCCAUCUUCCUCCUCACCGAUGGGUGGUAUGGUAUGUGCUGCUGGUGUUGCCACUUCACCCAGCACUGCACCCACCACAUCGUGUCGACAGAACUUGUUGUCUCCAAUGGCGUUCACUGCCGUUCCUUCGCCAGAGAGUCCUGCCUUGUCAAGCAGUGCUCCACGAAUGGCAACCGCAGAAUAGCGUAAAUGACGACACGGCAUAUGUACAUUUAACCAAUGCCCCUCCUGGGCGACACGCGCAACACUGUCCGUCAUAAACCACGGCGUACGUGUACACUCUUCUCCUAAAUUAUGACCUUCAACAACUUCAAAUACUUCCUCCAGUUUCCUUCGAUUUUGAUAAGCCUGCUUGACCCCGCGAACUGUCACUAUCACUGCUCAUGACACGCACGCAGACACACACACACACACACACACACACACACACACACACACACACACACACACACACACACACGAGAACAUAUUCCCAUCACACAUCUGAUUCUGACACAUUCUCUGUUCAUACUGAUUACUAUCUACUUUUCAAUAGCAUGAAAAAUACGGUUGCUAACAACAGUUGCUUUGAAGUAGCCAACUUUCUCUUCUUCUGCUCGAUUUGCUCUUCAUUUUUGUUCGCUACCAGCUGAUUGUGUAUAUGCCCAUUAUCUUGCUGCCCACUAACACUUGAAUUGUUCUCUGUACGAGUGUACGUAGAUGGCAUUUUCGUGAGCAAAGCGAGGAGCGCUUCA